UCUGGAUCUGGUCCCCAUUCGAUCCCCAAAUCGCAAGACGAAACCCUAGACUCGCCCCACAGUUUCUUCUAGGUCGCACCAAAUUGGAGCAGAUAGAUCCCUAGGUAUCGAAGAUGGCGGAUCCAGCUGCUCUGCCAAUCGUGCCUUGUCCGGAUUGCGGCAGGAACGUGGUGACCUACGUUGCUAGGCGCGGGCAGAACGCCUGUCGGUGUUUCUACAAGUGCCGGAAUCACAACCCUUCAGCGGGCGGAUGCGAUUUCUACAGGUGGCAGGAAGGCUAUGCAGCGCAUCUGGCCAAUCUUGAAGGAGGAGAAGCUGCUGUGGGUCAAAUCGGUCCGGGUCAGAUGCAGGGUGGGCAAGCUGUCGAAGCUCAAGUUGUGCAGGCUGAUCACGGCCAGCCGGUGCAGCAAAAUGGGCCGCCGGAGGCGUCGCAGGCUGCAUCGUUUGCUAGUGCGGUCGCAUGAUAUAUGCUCGCGGCAGCUCCAGCUGCCGGUCGGCAGGGUGUGACAGUCGCCGACACCGCCUCCAUCAACCUGGUGGUAU